CAUUGGUGAACAUCAUAAGUUUUUGGUUUUUAUUCGAUAAUAAAUUAACAAGAAGGACUGCAGUAUUGAUAGUUAAAAGGCUUCUACUCUAUCAAAAUCUGAAACUAUUGAAAAAAAAAUUGGACUAAUUAGUUGAGUGUUUUACGAGAUAUCUUGCUCACACACGGACAUCCCAAUUGACGUCCAACUAGUCUCAUUUCAAAUAAUUCUUUUCUUAUUGUAGUGUGCUUUAUAAAGUUAGCAGAAAUGAUUGAAGACGUUGUUCAUCCGUUGGCAAGCAAUCCUUUGAGAGACAAAUUCUUAGUAUGGCCGAUAACUACAUGAGCUUUGGUACUAUUCUUCAUGAAUUGGGACAUGCAAUCGGGUUUUUUUAUGAACACAGACGUCUAGAUCGUGAUAACUAUGUGGAAAUCCUUGAAGAUAAUAUUAUGAUUGGUAAAAAAAUAUGUCAGGAUAUAAUUUUUGAGAAAAAAAAAUACUUAGACCGUUAUAAAAUAAAAACAAUAUCUGUUAAGCAAUUCCCGAAUGUGACUUCAGAAAAGAAACUAAAAAUGAUGAUAAAUUAUACAAAAGAACUGGCGCAUAAAAAAUUAACAACAUUACACACAUUAAUUCCGUACAUUAAUGCAACAUCUUCAGUCUACUUCUCGGAACAAGGUUUUUCCAAAAAAAAUAUUAAUUAUGGUUACAUUGACGAGUUAGUACAAAAAAAGUGUGAUGCAAUUGAUAAGACAGCACAAUUAGCAGAUGCUAACUAUCAGUUUAUAGAUAUUAUGGAACAAUAUACUUUAUAUGAAUAUUCAAUACUAACUAAAAAGUCAAAUUACUUGACGGUGAUCAGCGAAAUAACUUACAAUCUACAAUUUAUUAUUCUUUCAAUAGUUUUUCUGUUAUUGAUAUUAUCGGUCAUAUUAGUUAAUAAUACCUUCAGGGUUAGUGAGAGUAUUAUGGACGUGGUAAGAAUGUUGGCUAAUAUGGGAGUUUUGUCUCCAAUGGAUCGUUUAUCUAUGAGAAUCAUUUACUUCUCUGGAUUUCUAUUCAUAUUUAUAAUAAUGCCCGAGUUUCAGGGCCAAAUAUCUGCAAUGUUGUCAAAGCCAAUCCGACGAAAUGUCGAGUCGCUUAAAGAUCUUCGCGACAAUAAGUAUCACGUAUAUUUUGAUGGUCUCUUAGCGAAUGAUAUGAUCAAUGAAAAGUUGUGGGUUACUGAUGAUGACAGAAAAUAUUUGCAUCCAUCGAAAUCUCUAGAUCUUGACAAAUGCGCAUAUGAAGCUCAGAAAAAUUCAACUAUUGCAUGCAUCGACAGAAGGUCGAUUCAAUUAAAUUUCGCUUUAACUUUAAAAAAUUUACACAUUUCAAAAGAUGUCAUAUUUAGAAAAUAUUUCGUAUACUGGACCAGAAAGGAUUGGCCACUGAAAGAUAGAGUCGAUAAAAUGGGUGCACUAUCGAUGGAAACAGGUUUAGUUAAUUAUCGGAAUGACAAACCGACUAAAGAAUAUUUGAAGAAAUUAAAGAGGAUUAGUAGAAUUGAAGAAAAUGAAAAGUAUGAGCAGAUUGACUUUGAUAAUUUGGUGUUCAGUUACAUGAUCACUGGGGUGAUUUUACUGUGGAGUGUGCUUAUUUUUGCAAUCGAACUGCUCUUUCAUAAAUAUUCAAAACUUCGCAAACAAGUCCUGAUAAGGCGACGGUUCGGGAAUGGAAAGUCAUUGAGAUCGCAACCGAGAAUUGUUUUCUUUCCUGGGCGAAUGGUUCUUCUUAAUAGCCGCGAGUGAUUUUUAUCUCGAAACCAAGUAUUAAAUUAGUAGUAAAUCCGUAAUUAGUAUUCACUGAUUGGUUGAUGUGGAUUUGAUAAUUGCACUCGAUGAUAUUCAAAAAAGGUGUCAUCUGCAGAUUUUGGUCACUGAGUAAAUAAUAAUGUAAAGUUUCAAAUAUCUUGAUAAGUAUCAAUGAUACCCAAAAUACAACUCAUUUUCCGUACAGCAUAAAAUAAUAUCCAAAAAAGUUGAUUCAAAUUUUUUCUUAAAAUCAACUUUUGAAUCUCUAAAAAUUCAAAGUUAGAUAACGGAGUUAAACUUAAAAAAAAUUAAACUGCUGCUUAAAAGUUAGAAGCGGAAUAAAUGUCGUGAUGUUCAUCAUUAACAAUUAUGAAUCUGCGAUUUCCAUGUAUUCAGUGAAUUUGAUUAAUACAUAAAAACUUAAUUAUAAAGAUGUCAUUCGAAAGAACUUAUAAUUGAAAAUUUUUCUUAAUUUAUUCGUUCAUACGCAAUUAAAUAGAAGCUUCUCUGUGAUUGAACGCUCUACACAUACCAAUUUUGGUGCAAUUUUUAUUUUAAAUCAGGAAUCUAUACUCUCGAAG